CCAGUCCUAUACCACACAUACACACACGCACUCGCAGCCGUGCCAUUCCCAAGUUUCAGCGGCCGCAGGGCACCGGGAACGGCAUAUAAAGAGACCGUCAGUUCAUCACCCACCACCACCGCCGAGGAAACAGCGCGCGGUGGCCGGCGAAACGACAGAGCUAGCAACCGCUGUCUAUAUAUAGGCGAUGAGGACGGCGGGCCGGAUGCCGGCGACGAGGGCGCUCUCCAGCGUCCUUUUCCUCCUACUCGCCGUCGCGUCUCAAGGGGCAGCCGCGGCGGCCAUCACCAAGGGCGACUUCCCCCCGGGGUUCGUCUUCGGCACCGGCUCCUCCGCUUACCAGAUUGAAGGCGCAGUUGCAGAGGACGGAAGAAAACCCAGCAUCUGGGACACGUUCACACACUCAGGCUACUCUGCCGAUGGAGCCACUGCUGAUGUGACUGCAGAUCAGUAUCAUAAGUACAAGGAAGAUGUAAAGCUUUUGAGCGAGAUGGGCGUCGAUGCAUACAGAUUUUCCAUUGCCUGGCCUAGGCUUAUUCCUGAUGGCCGAGGAGCUGUCAAUCCAAAGGGACUGGAGUACUACAACAACCUUAUCAAUGAACUCCUUAGUCAUGGAAUCCAGCCUCAUGUGACGAUAUAUCAUUUCGACUUCCCUCAAGCUCUUCAAGAUGAAUACCGUGGGAUGCUUAGUCGUAAAUUCAUAGAUGACUACACGGCAUAUGCAGAUGUGUGCUUCAAGAACUUUGGCGACAGGGUGAAAUACUGGAGCACCGUGAAUGAGCCGAACAUUGAGCCCAUUGGCGGAUACGAUGUAGGAUUCUUUCCACCACGGCGAUGCUCCUCCCCCUUCGGCAUCAGUUGUGACAAUGGCAACUCUACCACUGAGCCCUACAUAGUAGCUCACCAUCUUCUGCUUGCACAUGCCUCAGCAGCGUCCCUGUAUAAAGGAAAGUACCAGGCCAAGCAAGGAGGGAAAAUUGGACUCACAUUGCUCUGCUGGUGGAACGAGCCUGCGACACAAACACCUGAGGAUAUAGCAGCAGCUGCAAGGAUGAAUGACUUCCACAUUGGAUGGUAUAUGCAUCCAUUGGUGCAUGGAGAUUACCCCCCAUUGAUGAGGAAGAAUGUUGGGUCCAGGCUACCAUCUCUCACCGCUGAAGAGCUAAAGAGAGUGCGUGGGUCUUUUGAUUUUGUCGGAUUUAACCACUACGGUGCCGCUUAUGUGAAGGCUGAUCUUAGCAAGCUGGAUCAGAAUCUGAGAGAUUACAUGGGUGAUGCAGCCGUGAAAUAUGACACCAUGCCAUUCUUGAACUUGAACAACCAGCUCCUGUUUGGGUUGAAAAUGGAUUUUAUGUCGUCGACACCGUGGUCUCUGAAGAAAAUGCUGGAGCAUCUCCAGCUCAAAUACAAGAACCCUGUAGUCAUGAUCCAUGAGAACGGAGCUGCUAGCAUUGCGGAUCCUUCUGCUGGGAACGCCCCCGACGACGAGUUCAGGUCGCAGUACCUGCAGGACUACAUCGAGGCGACCCUCGAAUCCAGCAGGAACGGGUCGAACGUGCAGGGCUACUUCGUGUGGUCGUUUCUGGACGUGUUCGAGUAUCUGUUCGGCUAUCGCAUGGGCUUUGGCCUCUAUGGCGUCGACUUCAACUCCGAGGAGAGGACGAGGUACCAGAGGCACUCCGCCAAGUGGUUCGCCGGCUUCCUCCAUGGAGGCAAGCUCCGGCCAGUGGCUCUGCCUGGGAAGGCCUAUUCCCAGUGAUCUUGACACACUUGUCCGAUCUUCCCACGAAGAGGAGAAUGCACGAAUAAGCCUGGGAGGAUGGUUGGGUGUUGUUUUUGGAUGGUAAUUGGAUUUUGCUUGGGCAGUAGGGUUUAUAUAUAGGUCUCUGCUUCUUUGGAUUCGAUUGUUCCUAUAAUAUGUGUGUCUAUGUUGAUGUAUAUGCGGAAAAUAUUAAUAUGUUGAUAUGCAAGGUGUUGGAUCUGGUCAGUAGUUCGAGAUCGAAA